GGAUGAGAAGAACCAAGUUUUAACCACCAACAUUUGGCUGCAAAUGGGUCCAUCAGCAAAUCCUGGGAGCACAGUCAUCAAACAGACCGGGUAGCACUGCACAUGAGCCCACUGCUUCUGCCCUGGCCUGCACUGCUGUCGUGUCUAACGCUCUGGGGUCUCCCGCCAGUCCUCUUGCUCAGCCCUGGUCUCCCCUGGUGAGGUCUGUUGGGACACAGCAGCCAGUGAUCCUCAGCUCCUCCAGGGCCUCCUUUUUCCCUGGGCAACAUAAGAACUGAUGUUUUAGAAGUCACCUUCACUUCCAUUGCCUGGAUCAUCUUUUCUUUCCCAUCCUCUCUGCCCUCUUCUUCCUUGCUGUGCUCUCUGACCUCUUGAUGUUACCACUGCACCUAUCACCCGAGCACAUUCCUACCUCAGGGCCUUUGCACUUGCUGCUCCUCCUGCUUGGGAAACUUUUUCAGGAACCACAUAAUUUUCUCACAGUCAGCAUCUUUUCAAUUAUUUUUUCCUUGAGCUCCUAUGUACUGUCCCCAAACCAUUCCCUGCUCUCUCCAGGUGGCCCCCAAUCUCCAUUUUCUCCCCACCUCUGUCCCUGUCUCUGCCUCUGUCUGUCUGUCUCUCUCUCUCUCUCUCUCUCUCUGGUGCUAGGGAUUGAACCCAGAGCCUUGCGCAUGGUAGGCAAGUACCGUAUUCCUGAGCUGCAUCUCCAGUUCCCACUUGAUUUCUUUGCUGCCUUUGUCCACCACAUCCUUGUCACUGUCACACACUUCAUACUGAUCUGGAUGCUUAUUUCUCCUACUCGUCCUUGCACCCCAUUAGCACAGGUGCGCCCCAAAGUCAGAGCUGCGGUUGGAUCCGUCCACUGCCGUUCCUGCACUUCUAGCCCACUGCCCCAUCUGCUGCCCGUGGUGAAUAACUGCGGCUCGGUGAGCGAAUGAGAAGGGGAUGCUCUGUGAGCCCGAGAGGGGCUCAGAUACAGCACAGAAGGAGGCCAACUCCAUGACCUUGGGACGCUGCAGGAGAAGAUCGAGCUCUGGGAACUCUGGGGAUGCGGCGGUGUCAUCCAUGCCCCCCAAGGAACAGAGCUGUGAUUGACAUUUUCCUUACAGAGGUAAAACGUGUGCCACAGUCUGCUGUCUGUGCCAGGUGCCCACCUUCGGGCCUCAGAGAGCCGCUGAUCAUGAGCAGUGCACGUGGGUAGAGGGGUACAGGGCAUUGGCUCCCAGGAAAGCAUAACUGAGUGAUUACUCAUUGCUCUGAGUGCAGUUGCUGCACGAUAAACACCCUGGCUUUGGAGACUGUCACCAGGGACCUCUAAAUUUCAUUGAAGUAAACUUUAUUUCUGACUGUGACUUACCUUUGCAGAAGCAUCUGCAUCUUCAUUAAAACAAUUCUCCUUUACCCGCUGAGCUCACCUUUGGGAGCUCACUGCUGCGUGGAAGGCAUGGAGCAGGCCACGUGAGGGCUCCGGACGUGGAAAGAUCCGUUUUCCACUGUUCAGCCAUUUCCAACCAGGCUGUGUCAUUAGCACACUUAAGAAAGGUUAGCCACUGAGAGACGAUAAAUGUCUGAGGAGAUGGAAAUGCAGAUGACCUUAAUUUGGUCACUACAUUUCGUAUACAGUAUUGAAUUGUCACACUCUACCCCGUACAUACGUACAAUUAUGUGCCAGUGAAAUGUUUUUAAGUCACAAAAAGGGAUUACAAAAAGAUUAACCGAGCAAGACCAAGUGGUUCCCUAGAGACAUUGUGGAGUACAGGCUGCUGAUAAGACAUGGGGAAUAACGUGCUUUGCGGAAAUCAGAGACAAGGCAAGGCCCAGACUCUCCUAAAUGACCAGGUCUGGGAGCGCUGGCCCUGCUGUGUGUCCCGUCAUGAAUCAGUCCUUAUUUGCAGAUGUCUUCCACAUAAAAAUCAAGCCAGCUCUCUGCUGCCAGCUCCUCCCUACAAAGCCUGACCCUGAAAGUGAUGCAGGAGCUGACACUGCCUCUCAAUGGAAUUUUUAAGGCAUCCCAAGAAUCUUGGGUUUAGAGCAACACUUUUCAGUUGGGACACCGAUGCCUGUGCCUGCCUGCUCUUGGCACAGCCCUGGUUUCAGUCAGGAGGCCCAGGUGCUCUGACCUGGUCAAGGUAGGGAUGCAGGAGCACUGGGUGGCGCCCAGGGAGUGCGUGUGACCUCCUUGGAAUCAUUUCUAAACAGCAGAGACGCUCAUACUGAAGGCAGCAGGGCCAGACUUUCUGGAAUUGGGGUGUGUGCAGGGGUCACCAGAGGGUCUAGGAAAUGCUUCUCCACCACAAGUGUCUCUCACUCUUCCCUGUUGCCAAAUUUCUGUUUUCAAAAAUCAGAAUCCACACUGUCUUUUCUCCAGGGUAUUUAAAUGCAGUUUGAUCUUCUGCAAAUGAUAUUUUUUUUAUAUCAAAAUGGAAGAGGCAGAAAAGUUAAAGAAAAAAUUGAAAUGAAAUUCUCUUUGACCUACAGUUUGUUGAUUUUGUUAUCCUUUCUCCCAGUUGUCCUUAAUUUUGUAUGACUUCCAGAUUAUUCUGAUAAUGUGCAGGAAAACAAAGUUGCUGAUCUCUUUAUUUACCUCCUCCUGUUCCUAGGAGGAAGCAGUUGGUGUAUUUUCUCUGCAGAUACUUUAUCCUUUUGGGAGGCCUGUCACACAUAAUCUGAUUUAAUGUAUGAGAAAAAAAUGACAGAAACCAUUUCAGUUUCUGAGGAGACAUUUGAGCCAUCCAGGCGUACAUUCACUUUUGGAAGAUGUGUCUUUUCUUACUUUGGAAUCUUGACUACAUUUCUACCUUUAGAUUUUUCCUUUGUUCUCUGUUUUUAAGCUCCUAAUUCUAAUUAUGGUAUUAAUAGCAUUCAUUUCAUCAGAAGUUAGAUUGUAAACCAUCAUUAUUUCUAAAACACUUACAGUUGAUUUUCUGCAUUUGUUACCUGUGACACGCAGAAAUGUUUCCCUUUAUGCUCACAGGUUAGCCAUCUUUACAGACUGCAGUGAUUGCAUCCUGAGGUUGAAGGUGGUGUGGUGGGGAGGGUCUCAGUCAUUGUGUUUCACUACGAGAAAGUUUCAGGGACAAGGGACAGGAGGCGGCUGGUGUUCCCUCUCUGAGAUCAAAAUAGCCGAUUGGAGAAUUUUGGAAAUACAUGUUUGGCUAGUAUUUUCCAAGACCCAACAACCAGUUCUCUAACUCAAUUCUCACACUUUGACCUUAAGUUAGCAUCUGUACCCCGAGCUCCGAGGCUGAGCCCCGUAAGAUUACCCCACUCAGACACCUGCUGCACUUGAGGUGUCCAGGCCUCCCGUGCUUCUGCUUGGCUGACUAAUGCCAGCGGUUCUUACAACCUCCAUUGUUCUCUCAGGUAUCUUUGUCUUCUAGGACCCCACACAGUCCUUAGGCAAACACUUGGUUUAGUCCAAAGGAGAAAACUGGAAGUGCCAGGUGGAAGAGAGAGGGCAGGGUGAAGGGAGGGAGGUGUGUCUAUGCCUUUCUGGUGUGUGCCCCGCCUCCUACACAGCCCGGGAGCGCUCAGCCUUUGCUGCUGAAGAAACUUCAAAACCUGAUCUCCAGCCCUUCCGGCCCCUGCCAGCUGGGGAGCAGAUGGGGCUGAAGGUUCUCACCUCUGCUGUCCUCUCAGGUUUUUCUGCUGCCCGGCGGAGCCUUGACCACCUGGGGCUCGGCCUGCGUCACCUCAUUAGCAUGCGCUGGUGUGCAGAAAGGACAGGACCUCUUGAAGGAAAGAUGCUGUUUUCAGGAGCUCUGUGCUAGGGAGGCCAAACACAUUUCUUAGCUAUAAUGUAUUUUCUUAAAAGAAAACUGUCUCUCUCUGUCUCUCUCUGCUUCCAUGCCAGGGUGUAGGCGCGGUGAGAAUUUAAAGAGAGAUUCCGGGGGAGGCGGGAGCAUCCCCCACGCAUCCCCCUCACGACCCCACACCCUCUUCUCUGAGAAGGAAGCCCACAGACGGGGAAAGAGUGGAAGUGUGGACUCCUCUGCACGCGCAGACCGGAGCCUUGGCGUCUCCAGGUCCCUGUGCAGUCUUCCCCGAGGCUGCUUCUCAUUGCAGGCACACGGAGGCCACGUCGGUGCCGUUCACAAGAGUUUUCCCCAAGGCGCCAAGAUCGGACUGGAAACAAACGCUGUAAGAAGGCAGAUAGCCUUUGGUGCAGACAGACUGCCCGGCGAUUCUACAUCCCUUCUUAGGAAACCAGGACAGGCGGCUCAGGUUCAGGCCCAGCUCCCAAGUCCUUGCUCCACCUUUGGCUGCAGCUCAGUUAUUAUUGAGUACGGCUCCCGUGCAGCGCAGUGCAGUGCGGGACGUUAUAAAUGGAAGACUCUCUUGAGCCAUCACCACUUGCUAUGAGGGGAGCAUGGAUUUCCCCUGCUACUGCACACAGGAUCCCGUUUCAUCCUUAUGGCGCUGCCCUGUACGUGUGAACACAGAAGGAAACUGCAGACCAGACGGGGUGGUGUGCAUAGCAAGCCUUUCCUCGAGCCUUGGUGCACACUUGGGUCUGGUUCUGCAGCUCUGUGCAGCUGCUCCUCCCGCUGUGGGUCAGCAUAGCUUUGCCUAUGGGGGACAGGGAGAGCCGAGGAGCAGCGCCAUCGGGGACAGAGUUCGCCGUGUGUUGAGGUGCAGAUGUGCCAGUGCGGAUACUGCUUCGGACGAACCGGCUGUGGAGAAGCAAAGAUUGCUUUCCCGGGCUCAGUCAGUCUUGGACAGAUCACUAUUUGCAGUGGAAUAUGUCGGACUAUCCGGGCGUGAAGACUCUUCGCUUCCCAGAUGGGCAGAUUUGGAAACCAGACAUUCUUCUCUAUAACAGUGCAGAUGAGCGGUUUGAUGCCACGUUCCACACCAAUGUCCUGGUGAAUUCUUCUGGGCAUUGCCAGUACCUCCCUCCAGGCAUCUUCAAGAGCACCUGCUACAUUGACGUGCGCUGGUUCCCUUUUGAUGUGCAGCAGUGCAAGCUGAAGUUCGGGUCCUGGUCUUACGGAGGCUGGUCCUUGGACCUCCAGAUGCAGGAGGCCGAUAUCAGCAGCUACACCCCCAAUGGAGAGUGGGACCUUGUGGGGAUCCCUGGCAAGAGGAGCGAGAAGUUCUAUGAGUGCUGCAAAGAGCCGUACCCGGACGUCACGUACACGGUGACUGUACGCCGCAGGACGCUGUACUAUGGGCUCAACCUGCUCAUCCCCUGUGUGCUCAUCUCGGCCCUGGCCCUGCUGGUGUUUUUGCUCCCUGCAGACUCCGGGGAGAAAAUCUCGCUGGGGAUAACAGUCCUACUCUCACUUACUGUGUUCAUGCUGCUGGUGGCUGAGAUCAUGCCUGCAACAUCUGACUCCGUACCCCUGAUCGCCCAGUACUUUGCCAGCACCAUGAUCAUUGUGGGCCUCUCGGUGGUGGUGACGGUGAUCGUGCUGCAGUACCACCACCACGACCCCGACGGGGGCAAGAUGCCCAAGUGGACCAGAGUCAUCCUCCUGAACUGGUGCGCGUGGUUCCUGCGCAUGAAGAGGCCAGGGGAGGACAAGGUACGACCCGCCUGCCAGCACAAGCAGCGUCGCUGCAGCCUGGGCAGCAUGGAGCUGAGUGCCGGGGCCGCGCCCCCUGCCAGCAAUGGCAACCUGCUGUACAUCGGCUUCCGAGGCCUGGAGGGCAUGCACUGCGCCCCGACCCCGGACUCGGGGGUGGUGUGCGGCCGCCUGGCCUGCUCCCCCGCACAUGACGAGCACUUGCUGCAUGCCGGCCAGCACCCCGAGGGGGACCCAGAGCUGGCCAAGAUCCUGGAGGAGGUCCGCUACAUCGCCAACCGCUUCCGCUGCCAGGAAGAGAGCGAGGCUGUGUGCAGCGAGUGGAAGUUCGCGGCCUGCGUGGUGGACCGCUUAUGCCUCAUGGCCUUCUCCGUCUUCACCAUCAUCUGUACCAUCGGCAUCCUCAUGUCCGCUCCAAACUUCGUGGAGGCUGUGUCUAAAGACUUCGCCUGAGGCUGGGGAUUUAGCUCAGUGGUUUCAUUGCCUGCCUCCCAAGUACAAGGUCCCGAGCUUGAUCCCUGGUACCAAAACAAAAGACUCUGCCUGAGGGCACCUGGCCUGCUCAUGUAGGUAACGCAGAUAGAGAGGCAGAGCCACUGGGUGGGUGAGAAUUUGGGGUCCUGACACAGCAGCACCACGAACGGGAUAACUGAGGCACUUUCAUCAUGGUCCCUCCUGAUGGUUAUAGUUUUCUUGUUAUUUCAGUCCUAGGAUUUCACACCGUUCUCUUUCAUCCCUUUCGUAUGCGUACCAUCAGCCUAUCCCUACAGUCAGUGGGCCACCAAAUGGCCAUUUGCCCACUUGUCCACUCUGGAUAGCCUGCAGGACGGUUUCUGCAGCUCCAGACCUCCAGGAAAGGCCUGCACCGUUCAUCCUGCAUGCUUGCACGCCACUUGCCAGUAAGGUCCACGUGUGGAAAUGCAGCGUGUGCUUUUUGCCUGUGUACAAACCUAGAUUGAAACGAAUAGUAAACCACACUCACUAAAUCCAUUCCAACAACUGACUUGUAAAAGGAAAAUAACUGCAAAAGAACUAAAACUAAAAACUCACCUGUUGGUUUUUCUGCAAUUCAACUUUUUCUGCCCUCUAUCAAGCACAGGUGGAGAAAACAGUUUUUUGUCCUUUCUAUAUGAGAGUUGGUCAUUCUGCAAACCUGCACCUAUUGAGGGAAUCAGAAGGAUUCGGGCUUGGGUCCACUCUAAAUGGGGACCAGCCCCAGCUGCCUAUGUCUGUGUGAGGUAGUGUGGACCUGUCCCCGGUAAUUCCCAGAGAGCUCCCAAGCUUCCUGUGCUGUCCCAGACGUGGAGGAAUGAAGCAAAUCUGUUCUAUUCUGCAGAGGACAAAGCAAGAGCUAUGAGAAUUACCAGGUCCAAGGAACAACAGAAGUUGAACCAGUCAUGUGAUUUUUGAAAAUCAUGUAUCAGAUGCUUUGCGUGUGUUAGAGCUGAUUCAUUGUAGAAAUGUGUACUUCAUACAAAUGCACACCCUAAAGAGAACAUGUUCCCUGGCCUUUUCUCCAUGGAGGGCCAUAGGGCAGGGGCUGGAACAUCUCUGGUCCCUGCAUGGCAGAUACUGGGAUGGGGGUGGUACAGCUGGUGGCUUUUCCGGACACAGGACCAGUGGCAGUCAGCAGGGAGGCACUGUCAGAGCAUCAGAGUUUGUGGCUUUGGGGGAUCUGUCUGCUCCCACCUACUUCACCCCAGAAUCAGCUGAUAAAGCUGACUUGGGUUCCAGUGGGGGAUGCAUUGGAGAUGUUUAAUUUUUAAAUCUAAUAGGUGACAGUGUUCUCCACGUAGUUUAUCCAGCUGGUGACAGCCAUCUUGCUUCUUCCCUUCUCAUUUUUAAUGAGAUCAGGGCAUCGUGCACCAUUCUCUUCAGCGUUUAGACUGAGGAGCUACAUGAGGCUUCUAAGCUCCAAGAGCUCCUCGGUCUGUUCUAACCCCUGCGAUGGGAGCAGUGUGGGGAAAGUCCCGAUUUUCAGAGCAAAAGAACUUGCGCAUGUUUCCCAGCCACCAUUCCACUCUUCUCUGGGUAAUGUGCAUGAAAUCAUUUGUGCUGGAGGAUGAAGGCUCACGUGCGCUCUGUGUGCAUGCGUGUGCGCGGGUGCCUGUGUGCGCGACUCGGGAGCACAGAUAUUGUUUACGACAAGAAGGUUGAUAAACCAGGAGACGGUGGCAUCCAGCCACGUGGAGCAGGGUCUUCUCAGAGUCCACCCAUUCUACAUGGUACAAUCAAGUGACACACAAUAUCCCCUGGGGUCUUUUCUCUCUAUUAAAGUAUCUUUAGAAACAAAUAGAAGUGUUUUGAUAUGUAAAGAGAAUGCUUCAUUUCUUAUUGUUAGCCCCGAAUUGAUCCCUACCACCUAUUUUGCUUUAAGAAAGAGAAAACCUUUUUGGUUUUGUAUUUUAUAUGGAAAAACAUAAAAGGUAAAUAAAAGUCAUUCAUGCUUUGACCAUCCAAGCAACUUCGAUAUGAUUUAUAAAAAUAAUGAGGAAUAGCUGUGCACUUAGAAAAGUGUGAAUGUUAAAGUAGUCUCCCUGCCUCCCCUUUCUUACUCCCCACAGGGGCCACUGAUGUUUGUGGGGGCAUUUUCAGGAGGAGGGGAAGGGGCUGAGGAGGACAUGGAUAGCGAUUGCUUGUUCAGAACCCAUGCUGUGUAAAGCAUUCUGCACCCACACUUUUGCUUUAAGAGUUUUCCAUAAUAACGUCAAAAGAUCUACCUCGUUUCUCAUGAGACCUCUUAGUGUCCCACUGCCUCAGUGAACUGUAAUUUAUCUGAUCAGUCUGUUGUUGAACAUACGGAGAUUCCGGGUUUUUACUUUUUAUACAAAUCUAUAAGUAACAUUCCUGUGCGUCUAUCUUAGCAGACUUUUGGGACAGCUUGGGGUAAAUUCCAAUUUAGAAAUGGGAUUGCUGGAUGUGAAGUUAUACGUUGAAGAAUUUCAUAAGUAUUGCCACAUCAUCCCCUGGAAACUGAUCAGUGACACCCCCUCCAAAAGUACUGUAAAAGAGCCAGGUGCUCUGCUUUGUAGAGCUGAUUACUUUCAAAUUUAAUUUCUCUUCCCUGUCUGAAACAUACUGCAAUACUACUCUGAUUUUGGUUCAUCUUCAUGUGAGUGAGAUUGAACAUAUUUUCUUUUUUUUUUUUUUUUUUGCAGUUUCGAUUUUCGUAAGUUUAUACCUUUUAUACAGUUUUGAAUUAGGUUAUUUGGCUUUUUCUUUGUUUAUGCAUGUUGAAACUUUUCUAUGUCGUAAAAUAUUUU